ACUAGAGUCGGUAACAAGCAAGAAGAUGGAAAAUGGCUCACAGCAGUGGCGUUUCCAAGGGAACAAAAGGCUGAGCCUGACAUCGGCGAUCAGCCUACGAGGACUUGUCGAGAUGUUAAUCAGAAAUCUCAGCACUGAUGAUCCAAGACCCACCACUCCCCUUGGCAACGGCGAUCCUUCACGGUUUCCAGGCUUUAAGACUUCCACGACAGCCGAAGAGGCCAUAGUCGAUGCCGUUCACUCGGCCAAGUAUAAUGGCUAUGCACCUAUUGCUGGAGUUCCCUCUACCAGAAGGGCUAUUGCAAAUUAUCUUAAUCGUGACUUACCAUACAAGUUAUCUGCGGAUGAUGUUUAUCUUACAAGUGAAUGCAUACAAGCAAUUGAAGUUGCAUUAGCAGCCAUUACUCAAUCUGGUGCCAACAUUCUGCUCCCGAGACCAGCCUUCACAUUCUAUGAAUCUCGUGCUGCAUAUGAAAAUCUCAAAGUCCGUCAAUUAGAUCUUCUUCCCGAUAAGGAUUGGGAGGUCGAUAUCGAUGCCGUCGAAGCUCUAGCAGAUGAGAACACGGUCGUGAUGGUUACUAUAAACCCUGGAAAUCCUUGUGGAAGUGUCUACAGUUAUGACCAUCUGAAACUGGUUGCAGAGACAGCAAGAAAGCUUGGAAUUCUGGUUAUUGCCGAUGAAGUUUAUUGUCAUAUUACAUUUGGAAGCAAUCCCUUUGUGCCAAUGGGAGUAUUUGGAUCAAUUGUGCCAGUUCUUUUUCUGGGGUCCAUAUCAAAGAGAUGGUUUAUUCCUGGUUGGCGACUGGGUUGGCUUGCAACUACUGAUCCUAAUGGCAUUCUUCAAAAAUCUGGGAUAGUGGAAUCAAUUACAGGCUGCUGCAACAUAACCUCUGAUCCUGCAACUUUCAUUCAGAUUCGUUAUGCAAAAAAAAUAAAAAUUUGUAUCUAUUUCAUUAAUGUUGUUCUUCUUCUUGGUUAUAAAUGA